AUGGACCCAUUUUCUGCAAUAGGACUUGCUGGCAAUAUUAUCACAUUUCUAGACUUCGGCUACAAAUUACUAUCCAAGUCAAAGGCCAUAUACAAAUCGACAUCAGGCACUACUGCUCUAAACAAUAAACUUGCCUCAGAAACACAGCAGCUCCAAGGCGUCACAGCUGGGCUUCAGAUGCCUGGUCUGGUCGGAUCAUUAUCAGACCAGGAAAUAGCGCUCGAGCAACUUGCUGCGGAGUGCAGCAUUGUAUCUUCAGAUCUUACGGCACUCAUCAAUGAUCUCAAGACAAGAAACCCAAACUCCAUGAGAGAAAGCGUCCGCACUGCAUUUCGGGACUGGAGAAAGAAAGACAAGAAAGAUGAACUACGGUUAAAGCUCGAUCGCUGUAGGGACCAGUUGAAUCUGCAAAUCACGACAUUAAUGAGAGCUGAAUCCUUGGACCGACUAAACAAACUUAUCGUUCAUGGACAUGCAAGCAGCAACGAGCUACGAUCGCUGGCCAGGAAUGUUGAGUCAUUGCAAAAAGGUUGCAACGUCUCAUGUCUGGAUACUGAGGCUCUUGGUCAGAUUCGCUCACUACUUGGGCUGACAGAAGAGGCCGUUUUGAAAACCAGACAGGCUCGAAUAUUAGAUGGUCUACGUUUCGAAUUAAUGAAUGAGAGGUACGGGGACAUAGAAGACGCGCAUGAGAAAACAUUCCGAUGGAUCCUCGAUGUCGAACCGGAAGAAGACAAAGAGGUUGAAGAGAGCAACGAUACUGAGACCAAAAGCACUGAGGAAUCUCCUGAUUAUGAUGAAGUCAGCGACGAAGAAGACUACAACGAUGACGAUGACGAUGACGACGAUGACAGUUUCUCUCAAAGGAGGGGAAAUGUUGACAAUAGCGGCAGUCGCAAUGAUAAGGAUUCUAUUCACUCGGGUUGCGAUCCAAUAGACGAUGAUAACUCAAGUUUCGAACGCACGGCCGAACCGUCCAGCAAGGCCGCUUCCGAAGUUGAAUCAGCCUUAUCGGAAGACGAGAUAUCAAUAGGCCCAUCAAGAAUCAUAAGACAACCUCAGCCUUUAAGACAUUCAUCAGAGCCCCUAGAUGAAGCCAUGGUUGAGUCGCGUAAUCGAUUCGUUACCUGGCUAAAGCAUGGCGACGGAAUAUUCCAUAUUAUAGGCAAGCCUGGCUCUGGGAAGUCGACAUUGAUGAAAUACAUUUGCCGGCAAUCUAUCACCGAAAAAUAUUUACGACUUUGGGCUGGUGACUCGGAACUCGUGACAGGAAAAUUCUUCUUCUGGCGGCCGGGAUCAUCCCUCCAAAAAAGCCUAAAGGGGCUUGUUCGUGGACUCCUCCAUUGCUUUCUAUCCAAAUCCCCGGAACUUAUUCCCCUUGCAUUUCCCGAACAAUGGCAAGCUUCCAUGUAUCGAGAAACUAUCCACAUCGAGAACGACGAAUGUCAAAAGGGAUUUGAAGCCCUCGUUUCCCCCAGUACCACCAUCAAGAAGCACAAGUUCGCUCUCUUCAUUGACGGUCUUGAUGAGUUCGAGGGGGACCACGCAAAACUGGUCAGACAGCUAUUCUCUUGGGUGAAUAACACCCAAAACAUAAAAAUCUGCGUUUCGAGUCGCGAGUGGACUAUCUUCCAGGAAGGAUUUCGAGAUUGCCCAAAACUCUGGCUUCAUGAUCUAACACGUCUAGAUAUUCGACGCGUGAUCCAGGAUCGGUUUCAUGAGAUGGAUUUACCUUCUCUGCUUGAUUCUACAGAUGAAUCAGUUUUUGAUAGUGCAAAAACUCUAGAAACGGAGAUCUGUAUAGGGUCCGAGGGUGUAUUUUUAUGGGUGGUCAUUGUUCUUCGGCACAUUGAAGAUAGUCUUGUCAACGGCGGCCAGAUGGAAGAUCUCAUAGAAGUUGUGAGAUGCUUCCCAACCGAACUCGAGCCUCUGAUGUAUCAACUCAUAAGCUCGAUACCAAAUGCCAACAAGAAGCUAGCCUACGCGACCUUAUUAGUUGUUUUGCAUUCUCGAAAGUAUCCUAAGGAAUAUAUCAAAGACCAAGAUUUCGCUAUGAAAAUACCGGUAAGCACAUAUUCCGCAGAGAACACUAUUCAGAGGCAAGAAAGGACAAGAAAACGAAUAUACGGUGUAUGCAAAGGAUUCCUCGAGCUACGCCCUUUGCUCCAUUCAACCCGGCCAAUUGUGGUUUCAAUCACUCAUUUAUUCGGCGACACGGUCCGCUUUACACAUCGGUCUAUUGUGGAAUUCCUGGAGAAUCGACAAUUCCAAGAGAUGGCCCGGUAUGAACUGCAAGAUUUUGAACCAUUUGAUGCCAUUAUCCAGACUUAUCUAGGAUUACUGCGAUACUUGAGGUUACCGAGAUUCUAUUUUGCUCCCAAGCUUGCCAGUCAAACUAGCAAAGGGCUUGAGACGCUGGAAUCAUUAAUACUUAGCAUUCGCCACACACCGACGCUAAUAUGUGCCCCUUCCCCGUCUUUCAUUUCCGAUUUAACUAGGAAGAUUUGUCUGAUUUACAACGGCUCAAUUUCACAAAGGGAAACGGAGAGAAUUUUACGUUUCUUAGAUGAUAUUGGCCGUACAAUUCUGGAUUUAGGUCUAAAUACCGCUGUGCUUGCUAUACAGGAACAAUAUGCUGGCAAGAUAUUUCGUUGCCCACUAGGACAUAUCCCUUUCUUGGUUUCGGUCAAUCUGGGCUUGUUUGAGUACGUAUCUCUGCCAUGCCAUAAUAUAAGCUCAAAGUUGGUGGUUGGCUGCAUCAACACCUCUUUGCUAAAUUAUGUGUUUCCCGGGGUCAUUGGUUCUCCGACGACGAAGGAACUCGCGCAUACAAGACGUUUUAAAGUCCUCGAAGCGCUUUUAUCUCAGGGAACCUCAGUUGAUUAUAUGCGUGAACUAGAAAAGCUGUUGAUAUUCGAAUCAACUUUUGCAAAUUGGUGCAUUUGGGGACGGCGCUACUUACGACAGCAUCUACCUCAUAUCGCGUUGUUUCUUUAUCAUGGAAUAAUCCCAGGAGUUUCCCUUGUUCUGAGCAAAAGAGUAUAUGAAACCCGUUUUGGACUAAUCCAUAAAGCAUACUUCGAAACGGAGGUACGGGGUGAAGGAGACAUUGUGCAGACAAUACGAUUCAACCCUCUCAGAUGGGUGACUGUAUCACCAUCAAACUGGGUCAUACUAGUACAUGCGGGAGCAUCAGGAGAUAGGAUUACCGCGGAGUAUGGAUUCACCCUCGACUUCAGAGCGCUAGUCUCGAUGUUGUUGCCAGAACAUUCAAAUACGCUACGAGAAGUUUUUGAUUGGAAUCGAGAGGUCGGUAUUUCACUUGAUACAGAUCAACGUAUAAAAUCGCUACAGUCGAAGUUCGGUCGCACGCUCCGUCCAUUAUUUGACCAAGACCACCCCGAUUUCGUCGGCUGGAAACCAAAACCGAGCAUUAAAGAGGAUGAUCCGAUACUAUUCAUACGAAAAGAAACCUUGAUAUACUCGGAAAAUAUGCACACCUAG